AUGUUGCCAUCCGUGACCAUCUUGAAGAGAUGCAUCCGCAAGAAGCAUGAAGCAAUAGUAAAGGUUGGAGGGCGAUCAGGAACCAACGCAACCAAAAUGGUGAAAGGUCGUGGGUCGAAAAUCACGUUUCUUAGUAACAAGACGCAAAACAACGUCAUUGAUGUCAUCGGAAAGGAGAUUACCGGUGAGAUAGUAAAGAGAAUCCAUGAGUGCAAAGCUUGGGCUUUGAUAGCUGAUACCACGCCUGACGUUAGCCACCAUGAACAGCUUAGCAUUUGUGUCAGAAUAGUUGAUCGUGUCGGUUACUGUUCUGAGCAUUUGUUGUGUUGCAAAAGAGCACCUGGUGCAACUGCACAACAGCUCUACGACACCAUUGUAGACGCACUAAAGUCUCGAGGUAUUACCUUUGGUAAAAUAGUUGCACAGACGUAUGAUGGAGCUUCAAAUAUGAGUGGUUAUUAUAACGGGCUUCAAGCAAUCUUUAGAGAUGAAAUCGGUAGUAAUAUAGUAUACACUCAUUGUUAUGCUCACACUCUCAACUUGGUCUUGUCGGAUUCUGCCGGUACCGCCAUUAACGUCAUCUCUUUGUUCAGCGAUCUGGAGAAAACGUACACCCUUUUCAGUCAAUCUGAAAAAAUUCACUCGAUGUUUGAAUCUGCUCAGAAAGUUCAGAAGCUCAAAGUCCUUUCGUUGAAGCGUUGA